GUCCGUCAGACCUCCCCCGCCCACUUCUCCCUCCAGUCGUCAGGCGAGUUCCCAAGUCUCUCAGGCGGGGCGGGCUGAGUCCGCCAAGUGGCGCCGCCGCCGCUCGCUGAUUAACGGCUGCCCCGCCCCUUCGCUGUCCCCUCCCCUGCUCCCCCGUUCCCUCCCCUUCCCGCUGCCGUUGCUUGCCUGCUACCGCCGCCGCCAGCCCUGAACUGAGGCGAACUCCAGAGCGAACUGAGGAAGAGAAAGAAGGCACCACGGCGGCGGCAGGACUGAGACUCGCCAGCCACAAGCAAACGGCACCAGCGAUAGGGGAGGGAGGAAGGCGGCGCGGCAGGCAAGGCGGCGGCGGCGGCGGCGGCGGCAUUACCACCAGCAUCAGCAGCAAUAGACGAAGCACCUCCGGUGGCCGGGAACAGCCUUACAAGCGGCGGGGACUCCUCGGGAAACAGUAGACAAGCCCCCCCCAUUUUUUUGCCCGCCUGCCUCCCUCCCCCGUCGCGGAGACAGACCGGGGGCAGUAGCGGCAGCGCCGAGGAGAAGGAGCCGCGGCCAACGUCUGCGUGUGCGGCGGGAGAGAGGGGUAGAGGAGGAGAGGGAAAUAACCGUAGACUACGCCGGCCGCGGGCGCACAGCGCUGGGGAAAGGCUUCAAGUGGGAGCGGCGACAAGAAGAGGGAGAAACGGCGGCGGCGGAGUUCUGUACAAGCAGAGUGGAGGAAGACUAGGGCGCAGCCCUUCGCGGCGGUGGUAGUCGUGGUGGAGGAGGGGUUGGGGGGUGGCGGUCACUGAUUUCCCCCCUCUGAUUUCCUCCCUCCUUCGCACGGGACCCGGCGUCGUCUGCUGGUGGCUUCUUCGUUGACGGCAGCCCCCUUUCCCUGCUCCCUCGUUUUCCUCCUCCCCCGAUUUUAAGGGGGGAAGAGGCCUCCCCCCCUCAGCCCACAUAACACACCCCGUCUCUUUCUCCGCCUGGCGGGCGCCCAGUGCGGUAGUUGGGCGAGUGCUGGUGCGGGCUCUCGCUCGCUGUUUCUCUACGUUUGGAAUAUGGUUGGGGAAAUGGAAACCAAGGAGAAGCCCAAACCGAGUCCCGAUUACCUGAUGCAGUUGAUGAACGACAAAAAGCUUAUGAGUAGCCUCCCCAACUUCUGCGGGAUAUUCAACCACCUUGAGAGGCUGCUGGAUGAAGAAAUUAGCAGAGUACGGAAAGACAUGUAUAACGACACAUUAAAUGGUAGCACGGAGAAAAGAAGUGCAGAGUUACCUGAUGCUGUGGGACCUAUUGUACAGUUACAAGAGAAACUAUAUGUGCCUGUAAAAGAAUAUCCAGAUUUCAACUUUGUUGGAAGAAUCCUUGGGCCCAGAGGGCUAACAGCUAAACAGCUUGAAGCUGAAACAGGAUGUAAGAUAAUGGUCCGAGGCAAAGGGUCCAUGAGAGACAAGAAAAAGGAAGAACAAAACAGAGGAAAGCCCAAUUGGGAACAUCUGAAUGAAGACUUGCAUGUACUAAUCACUGUGGAAGAUGCUCAAAACAGAGCAGAAAUCAAACUGAAGAGAGCUGUGGAAGAAGUAAAAAAAUUACUGGUACCUGCAGCAGAAGGAGAAGAUAGCCUUAAAAAGAUGCAGUUGAUGGAACUUGCAAUUCUCAAUGGCACCUACAGAGACGCCAAUAUCAAAUCACCCCUUGCCUUUUCUCUUGCAGCAACAGCCCAGGCUCCAAGGAUUAUUACGGGGCCUGCGCCUGUUCUCCCACCAGCUGCCCUGCGUACCCCUACGCCAGCUGGCCCUACCAUAAUGCCUUUGAUCAGACAAAUACAGACCGCUGUCAUGCCAAAUGGAACUCCUCACCCAACUGCUGCAAUAGUUCCCCCAGGACCUGAAGCUGGUUUAAUUUACACACCGUAUGAGUAUCCGUACGCACUGGCACCUGCUACAUCAAUUCUUGAGUAUCCUAUUGAAACCAGUGGUGUAUUAGGUGCGGUGGCUACUAAAGUUCGAAGGCACGAUAUGCGUGUCCAUCCUUACCAAAGGAUUGUGACCGCAGACAGAGCCGCCACCGGCAACUAACCUAUGACCUUCUGACCUCUGAACUCUUCACCCAAUGAUGACCUGACCAUGCCUGCCUGCUGAUCAGUUAACUGGUAAUCGCCUUUGCUUGUCUGUCUUCAGUGCAGCGAGCUGAGGCACUUGUCCGUUCGUCUUACCAUCUAACAAAAAGACAAAGAAUUUGUUGUCCUCCAACUCAGCUUUUUUUCCCUGUUUGGGUGAAAGUGGUUCUAGAACCUGCACUGAAUAGUAGUAAAGCAAUAAGGUCCAAUUCAUCCCUCCGCACUGAUCAUCUUUUAGUGUCCCACCCUAAAUGAAUGGUAAGAGCGGCCUCACUUUAGAAAUGGAGGCAGAUGCCCCUUAACUCCCUGAUGACAGAGGCAGUUACUGUGAGACUUCUAGGAAUCUUUUUCUUCUCAUAAAGAAGUCAAAGUUCUCUUUGAAUGUACUGUGUGAUGAUGCAUCAUGCAUGAACCUUUGGUCAGGGAUGUCAUUGGUGAAGGGAUUCCUAAAAGUAUUCAAAAUUUGACAUGCAGUGUAGUCACUACCAAUGCCCUCAAAGGGCAGAAGCAGCAGCCUUUUUUAUAUUACCUGCCAAAUUGGGUGUUUUUAAGAAGAAAAAAGUGCCAUGAAAGAUAGGUUACUGAAUUUUUGAACUACAUCAAUGCAUAAACAAAACAGCAACACUAUUGAAGCUAAUUCUGAGAUACUUUCAUUUACUAUACAUCAACUUCCUUAAAAGAUUAUGUGAGUACAAGGUACAUGCAUUAUGUGUCACAUUACUGGGCAAACUGUUCAAAUAUUUUUUUAACCUCCCUGUAUAGAGAAAAUUCAUUAAGGAUGUAAAAGCCAUGCUUGCCUAUUUGCUGUAUACAUGUAAUGAAAUUGUAGAUAAAGUGUAGUGCAUUGAAACAAAUUGAAAAAAAGUAGAUACUUUUACUAUACAAGGGUGCUGGUGCAGAAAAAAAUAUAUUUUUGGAAAUGUAGCAUUUUAUACUUUCAAGUGUUAUAAAAAAGAAAAAAGAACAAAGAAACCCUUUAUUUCAUUAAAUGAUUUUUUCUGGUGGUUGUCGAGAAACAAAAGACCAAAAGAGCCUUUUUGUCUUUCUUUUUUAUUUUUUAAGUAUUGGAAUAAGUAUAAAGAAAAGAAAGUGCCUUAUUUUCUUCAUGGUCAUUUAGUCGGAUGUCUCAUAUAUUCAACUCCUCCCUCAGACAGCAAAUUAAUGCAUGCCACUCAGUCGCCCAGUAUGUGAAAAGAAGCUGUGAGGAAAGACAGAUGAGUUGACCAUUUAAAUUACCUGGUUUUUGCCAUACCAUGAUGCAACUUUGCCAGAUCUUAAACUGUGAAAUGGAAUUGUUUCACCAACAGUCAACCACAAUAUUUUUGUAACAUGUUCCCUCUUCAAAUGUAGACAAUAUAUUUUUAUAGUACUUGCUCAGCCUUAAACCAAAGGGUUAUAAGAUGCAGUUUCAUUCUGAAUCAAAGUAUUAGAUUACAAUAUUUAUACAGUAGCAAGUCCCCCCUCCCCCCCCGAAUAGUUUGUAUUGCCUCUAUUUGAAAUAGAUGUGGGAAAAUACAGCAGAACAUGAACUUGCUACAGGAUAAUUUUGUCCGUGACUAAACUGAGCAUCCAGACAGCCUAUAUUUGAGUAUAUUUUAGGUUUUUGUGUGUUUCAUCUACAAUGCCAAAUAGUGUGUACUCCUCAUCCAGCUCCUACUUGAUGAAUGCUAACUGCCGGUUGCGCUUUACUGAAUAGGAAAAAAGUAUCAGUUAACUAUAUUGAAAAUCCAGCUAUGCUUCAGUUUGAGUCAGAAGAAGUUUACAUAGCUGGGCUAGUGGUGAUAAAACACUACGCACAAAGGUGAAGUAAAAAAAUAAUGAGCAAGUAGUGAUAUUUUAAUUGCUUUGAACAGAUUUGGCAAAGAUCAGGUGAUAAUUCCCCCCCUCCACUGUGUCAACUUAUUCUCCUAAAAACUUUCACAGCUUCCAAAUCAAAGGUCAAUAGUAAGUUAGGUAAGUGGGCUUACUUUUGAAAGCACCUGCAUGGUGACUUUGUCUAACAUUGUGUCUCACCUGGAAACAAGUAUCAGUUUAUUUACUAUGCAAUAAACAUUCAUCCUUUUGUA